GGGGGCGGUGGUGGCAAAGCUGCAGCUGGCUGGGAAUCGGGGCUGGUUUCCUGUCUGGAAGGGAAGGGGCCCGCAGAGGGGAGCGGGGGCAGUGCAGCCAGGCACACCCCUGCCUUUCUCCCUCCCUCUCCUCCCUUCUGCUGGAAAAGCAAGCUGGGAGAGCAGCUGCCACCAAAGCAAGACUGGACACUCUGUGCCCAGAGCCCCUUCUGCAGCUGGCCUCCUCUCCGGGUACCCUGCGCAUCCUCACCUCGCUUUCCUUUCCUCCCUUGCCUGGCUCCAUCAGGGCCCUGCAACAGCGGUAGGCAAGGAGACUUUGUCACAGCAGCCAGAGGGGUCUAACUGGAGCACGAGAGGGACAGGGGCUGCCUCUGCCCUCUGACCAAGAACUGCCCACCUCUUUCAAGACGAGGAGAGCAGCGGGAGAGGAAUUGUGGGCAGCGUGGGGCUGGCUUGCCCCACCCCUCUGAGGGGUCAGCAAGGGAAGGGGAGCCCAGGGGGCACAGAGAUGCAGGACAGAUUGCACAUCCUGGAGGACCUGAAUAUGCUCUACAUCCGGCAGAUGGCGCUCAGCCUGGAGGACACAGAGUUGCAAAGAAAGUUAGACCAUGAGAUCCGGAUGAGGGAAGGGGCCUGCAAGCUGCUGGCGGCCUGCUCCCAGCGAGAGCAGGCUCUGGAGGCCACCAAGAGCCUGCUGGUGUGUAACAGUCGCAUCCUCAACUACAUGGGCGAGCUGCAGCGGCGCAAGGAGGCACAGGUGCUGAAGAAAACAGGCCGGCGGCCUUCGGACAGUGGGCCACACACUGAGCGCUCCCCCUGCCGUGGCCAGAUCUGCAUUUCUGAUCUCCGGAUUCCACUCAUGUGGAAGGACACAGAAUAUUUCAAGAACAAAGGCGACCUGCACCGCUGGGCUGUGUUCCUGCUGCUGCAGAUAGGGGAACACAUUCAGGACACAGAGAUGAUCCUGGUGGACAGGACCCUCACAGACAUCUCCUUUCAGAACAACGUGCUCUUUGCCGAGGCAGGGCCAGACUUUGAACUGCGGCUGGAGCUGUACGGGGCCUGUGUGGAAGAGGAGGGGGCCCUGGCUGGAGCCCCCAAGAGGCUUGCCACCAAACUCAGCAGCUCCCUGGGCCGCUCCUCUGGGAGGCGUGUCCGAGCAUCGCUGGAGACUGCUGGGGGCUCAGGCAGCAGUCCCAUCUUGCUUCCCACCCCGGCUGUGGGUGGUCCUCGUUACCACCUCUUGGCUCAUACCACGCUCACCCUAGCAGCUGUGCAAGACGGGUUCCGCACACAUGACCUCACCCUCGCCACUCCUGAGGAGAACCCUGCCUGGCUGCCCCUUUAUGGCAGCAUGUGUUGCCGCCUGGUGGCUCAGCCUCUCUGCAUGACUCAGCCUACUGCAAGUGGUACCCUCAGGGUGCAGCAAGCUGGGGAGCCGCGGGACUGGGUACAAGUUCACGGAGUCCUGAAAGGCACAAACCUCUUCUGUUACCGGCAACCUGAGGACACAGCCCCUGGGGCCGAGCCGCUGUUUACUAUCGCAAUCAACAAGGACACUCAAGUCCGGGCAGGGGAGCUGGACCAGGCAGCCGGCGGGCCCUUCACCCUGAGCAUCAGGAACCAGGAUGGGGAGGAAGAGGUGAUACACACUCUUCAGGCGGAGAGUCGGGGAGCCCUGCAGAGCUGGAUGGAGGCUCUGUGGCAGCUUUUCUUUGACAUGAGUCAGUGGAAGCAGUGCUGUGAUGAAAUAAUGAAAAUUGAAACACCUGCUCCUCGGAAACCACCCCAAGUGCUGGCCAAGCAGGGGUCCUUGUACCAUGAAAUGGCUAUUGAGCCGCUGGAUGACAUCGCAGCGGUGACAGACAUCCUGGCCCAGCGGGAGGGUGCGAGGCUGGAGACGCCCCCACCCUGGCUAGCAAUGUUUACAGACCAGCCUGCCUUGCCUGGCCCCUGCUCACCUGCUUCAGUGGCCCCAGCUCCAGCCCGGAUCCAUUCCUUGCCCUGGGGGAGACCCCGAACAUUCUCUCUGGAUGCUGUCCCCCCAGACCACUCCCCUGGGGCUUCUCGCUUGGUUGCCCCUCUCCCCCUGCAGCGAUCCCCACGGUCCAGAGGCCUCUGCAGCAAAGGCCCACCCCACACUUGGCUCCAGUCACCAGUGUGAGAGAAAAAGGUGCUGGCAACAGGAUCUGGCCAGAAGAGGAGAAGAUCUGUGUGCAGCUGGGCUCUGGAUUCAGCACUGUUUCUGGCAGGUUGACCAGCUUGGCCUCCCCUUCCUUUGCUGGAGUCGGGGCAGGCUGAGAAGGGGUAGCAGAAGCCCCUUUAAGCUGUGGUUGCCACGGUGCUGAGGGACUCAUUCCCAGGGCUGGCUGGGACCCCCUAAACCCUUCCUGGGAGAAAACUGGAACCAACCCUGCCCUACCUCCCUGCAUUAACCAGCUUAGAGAAUGGCACUGAAGAGCCCUGGGAGGGAACACACCUCCCUUGUGACUUUUACAUUGACCAUUAAAGUUAUUUAACAUCACCCUUCA